AUGGAUACUACAACUUCUGAGUUAACAUACUUCGAUAUGGGCAAUUGCAAAUUGUGGGUUAACAUUCCUGAGGAAAUAGGCAACCUCAGUAGCUUGCUAACUCAAAACUUAUCACAAAAUGGAUUGAGUGGACGAAUUCCAACUUCAGUGGGAAGACUAGAAAAGCUCCAUGGUUUGUAUCUCAAUCACAACAAAUUGCAAGGGUUCAUUCCAUCUGAACUUUGUCAGGGAAAGAGCCUAAGAAGGAGCUUUAAAAUUUCACUGAAAACUACGAUUUUACCACCAGCAGCAUGGGGAAGGGUGUCCUACCAAGAAAUGUUGAGGGCCACAAAUGGAUUCAAUGAAGACAAUUUGCUUGGGAUUGGGAGUUUUGACUCUGUAUAUAAACGAAAAUUUUCAGAUGGCAUGGUUGGUGGAAUAAAGGUUUUCAAUCUGGACUGGAGUAAUAAGGUUGAUUACAACGCCAUAGUACUGAAUUACAUGCCUAAUGGGAGUCUUGAUAGAUGUUGCAUGGGCAUUGGAAUUGCACAUGUUGCUGAUUUUGGCAUUUCAAAACUCUUAGGUGGUGGGGAUUCUAUAACUCAAACCAUGAUCUUAGCCACAAUUGGAUAUGUGGUUCCAGUUAUAGAUUCCAAAUUGCUCAGGACAAAUGAAAAAUAUUGUACCAAGGAGAAGGAUUGUUUAUGCUCUGUAAUGGGAUUGGCUAUAGCAUUUUGUGCAAUGUCACCAGAAGAGAGGCCAACCAUGAAACAUGUUGCAGUUGCACUAAACAAGAUCAAACUAAAGCUUACGAAAGAGGUUUGA